CUAUCUCCCCCCCCAUCACUCUCUCUCCAUCUCUUUCUCUCCCCGCUCCUCACCCUCCCCAUCACUCUCUUUCCCGUGCCGCGCUGCAGAGCCCAGGCGAGCUGAGGUCCGCUGGCGGCUGGACUAGCCCCGGAGGACGUGGGGGUCGGUGGCUAUGAAGGGUUCUCAGCGGCUUGGCAGCAGCCGGCUAACAGACGAGGAGGCUAGCGAGCCCCGGGUCGGGGCUCGGAGGGAGCUUUUUCGGGGCUGAUUCUGGGGCUCGGAAGCUGGAUGGGAACUGCGUCUCCGCGCGUGAUGGAGAGAGAAGGGAAUUCACACUCGCAGAUUAAGGUGUCCAUCCCCACGGGGCCCUGACGUCCGGGCCAGCAAGUUCCCCAGAGCCAACAGCCCUCCUGAUUACUCCAGCCCGGGAGGUCAUUGCAACCUCUGAACCUGCUUCCACAAUGGGUGGGUUGUGAGUGCUGGUAAUGAGGAGCUGUGGGUCCAGUCUGUCUUGGAGAUGCCGAAGAGACGGGACAUCCUCGCUAUAGUCCUAAUCGUGCUGCCCUGGACACUGCUCAUCACUGUCUGGCAUCAGAGCACCUUGGCCCCGCUGCUCACGGUGCAUAAGGAUGACAGCAGUGAUUCCAGACGGGACCUGCCCCCAGGUGUGGAUUCCAGAGAGUAUUGUCUGCUGGACCGGGAUAUUGUGGAGGUGGUCCGGACAGAGUAUGUGUACACCCGCCCCCCACCCUGGUCUGACACCCUGCCCACUAUUCACGUGGUCACCCCCACCUACAGCCGGCCUGUGCAGAAGGCCGAGCUGACCCGGCUGGCUAACACCCUGCUGCAUGUCCCCAAUUUGCACUGGAUCCUGGUGGAGGAUGCCCCGCGUCGGACUCUGCUCAUUACCCGCCUGUUGCGGGACACUGGCCUCAACUACACCCACCUCAACGUGGAGACGCCCCGCAACUACAAGCUGCGCGGGGACAUGAGGGACCCUCGCAUCCCCCGAGGCACCAUGCAGAGGAACCUAGCCCUGCGCUGGCUGCGAGAGACCUUCAACCGCAACAGCAGCCAGCCGGGGAUCGUCUACUUUGCUGACGACGACAACACUUACAGCCUGGAGCUGUUUGAAGAGAUGCGCAGCACAAGGAAGGUGUCGGUGUGGCCCGUGGCCUUCGUCGGGGGCCUGCGCUACGAGUCGCCCAGGGUGAACGCGGCAGGGAAAGUGUUCGGCUGGAAGACAGUCUUUGACCCUCAUCGGCCUUUUGCCAUCGACAUGGCCGGCUUUGCUGUCAACUUGCGGCUCAUCCUGCAGCGUUCCCAGGCCUAUUUCAAGCUGCGAGGAGUCAAGGGGGGCUACCAGGAGAGUAGCCUCCUCCGUGAGCUGGUCACCCUCAAUGACCUGGAGCCCAAAGCUGCCAACUGCACUAAGGUCCUCGUCUGGCACACAAGGACGGAAAAGCCGGUGCUGGUGAAUGAAGGGAAGAAAGGAUUCACAGACCCCAACGUGGAAAUUUGACCCUGGAGAUCCAGGAGGUUCUCUGUUGUGCCACCAGUCUCCCUACCCCUGGCCGUGUGGCCCCUUCAGCCGAUGCCCACCAUGGGGCUUCUGCCUUCCAACCAAGCAAUUGCCAACUCCCUCACUCUGCAUCCCCCAGGGGCCUGGGGCCAGAAAUCUAUGGGAAGGACCGAAGGAAAAGUAACCUAAAGCACAGAAAACGUUCUUCCGUCCGUGACACCUGAGGCAUCGAGAAACCAGACUGGGCUUUGAGUCAUCCUAAGGGGACACACACACCUCUGUCCCCGGGGUUACCUGGCCAACUGUAUCAGUCUGAGAGAGGGCAGGCUUGGAGGAUGCCUCCCUUGCAUUCUGUCUGGGGUCAGAGGGCAGAGAGGUAAAGCUGAGGCAAUUGCCCUCAGAUGUACUACCUUUCUUCACCCCCAUGCUCCAUCCAGGAUGACAGCGCUGCACAAAGACACCGGAGUCUCAAAGAUCUGACUCCAAGGAGUCCUAAAAUGGUCUUCCCUGCCCUCCUGCUCCUUCUUCCUUCCUCCACUUCCCCACAUCUCAGCUCCCUGGCUUGGGCCUGAGGGGGCUCUGGAAUCCAACAUACCUCUUGGAAGGCUCGCACCGCUUUUCUUUGAUUAAUGUUUACAAAAAGAUACUACCGUGCUCGGUCCCCGCACCAACCGCCCCCACACCAACCAACCCUAGCCAGGAGGGACUGCCUCGCCCUUGCCUGCCUGCACCUACCUCAGGCAGCAGCAGGGCCUUCCAUCCUCCGCUUCCCCAGAUCUGUCCUGUUCCAGGGUUCGGAGGCGACCUCUUCACUCCACCAACCAUCCGACAGGGAGCAUCCACUCUCCGGGCCAGCCUCGCCAUCUGUUCAGGUCCUAAAACCUGCGAUGGGCCUUGCCGCUUCUCCACCUCCGGGGCCGGAGCCCCAAGGGGAAGUGGGCCCUGGAGGGAGGGAGGAAGGGAGGUUGGGGAAACCCCUUUGCCUGCAAGUCCUGAGACCUGGUUCAGUGACCUGGUGGGACUGAGGGAGUGGGCAGAGACAGGGGAAGGACUUGAUGGGGAGUCCCUGCCGCCUCGGCUGGGGCACAUCUAAGUCUGCUCGGGUUUUGUGAGCUUCAGCAGCUCAGCAGGAGGGGAGGAGGGGAGGCAAGCAGGGUGCACAGACCUAGCUGCAUCCAGGCACCCGUGGGAGGCUGACCCGGAGGGGCUUUUUUCAGAGAGCAGGGAGCGGCACAUUUCUGUUCUUACCUGAGCCAGGACCAGCCAAGUGAGCCCCUCCCUCCUCUGAAGCUGCCACCUCCUGAGCCCCCUGGCCUGCUGCCGCAUCCAUCUCAGCUCUUCCCGGACUGCUGUGUCCACUCAGACCCUGCGCCCAGGCCCCGUGGCUCUGUCGCCCGCCUUGGCAAGGAUCCUCCAGGUCCAGACCUGCCCUACCCUCCAGGCUGGGGUCUCGACUCUCCUGCUGCACCGGCUCCUUUCAAAGUUGGAAGCACAAUGUUCCUCGUGAGUGGAGGGAAAGGAAAGACUGAUUUUUUUUAACCUCUAACAGCCUCUAUUCUAUUUACAGGUGUCAGGGUGUUGUUUUCUCGCUGCAGCCCGGCGGGCACCUCCCUGAACCUCCCCCGAAGGGGGAAAUGAGCCCCCGUGGUCAGGUCUCCCAUUAUUUAAAAGUAAUAAUAAUAAUAAUGAUAA